GGACAGAUGCUUCCGCGGACUGAAGCUUCGAUGUCUUGAUGCGCAAGCCAGCCUCGAGGUCCAGACACCAUUGUUGGCUACAACAGCCCAGCAGCGCCCGCUCAAACCAGACCCUUCCAUCCCCCCAACCCGCACACACAUCCCAGAUGCACGCGAUGCUGCAGACUACUCGCACAGCCGCAGCGGUCACCCCAGCUCCGGUCGAAAACCGGGCUAUCACAGCGGAGACGCAGCCGAAGCUGCAUAGCGGACCGCAGUGUGCACACUGUGGAUGGCGCGGCGGAGGUCAUGCCAACAACUGCCCUUUCAACCCCGCCACAUGCGGCUGAAGACCAGCCCCCAGACUGCACUGUUCUCUCCC